CCAGGUCUGGGAAAGAUUGUGAUUAGUAAAAUCCCACAUUUGGCACCAGUCUACGGCGGUUUGAGACCAGGAAUGUAUCUGUACUUCAAGGGAACCAUUCCCCAAGAUAUCAAGAGGUUUGCCAUCAACCUGCAGUAUGGACAGAUUAAAGGAUGUGACAAAGCCUUACACUUCAAUCCCCGGUUCGAACCCGAAGAGGUGGUGGUGUUCAACAGCUUCAAGAACGGCAGCUGGGAAAAUGAGGAGAGGCCCUCUGAGAUGCCCUUCCGUAAGGGAGAGGACUUUGAGCUGAUCUUCUUCAUCACCAGAAAGGGAUACCAGGUGAACGUAAACGGCCGUCAGUUCCACUUCUUCGAGCACCGCAUGCCGGUGGACCAAGUGAGCGCCAUUAAGAUUGUUGGGGAAGUCACCAUGCAAACCCUCAAUAUGAUCGAGGGAGGACAACCUGUGGAUGCAACUCCAGGCCAAGGGACGAUUGCAAUUACUAAAAUCCCACAUGAGGGGCCUGUAUAUGGCGGUUUGAGGCCAGGGAUGUCUCUGUUCUUCCUGGGAACAGUUCCUGAAGACAUCAAGAGUUUUGCCAUCAACCUGCAGUAUGGAACGAUGACAGACUCUGACAUAGCCUUCCACUUCAACCCCCGCUUCGAGCCCUCAGAGAAGGUGGUGGUGUUCAACAGCUUCAAAAAUGGCAGCUGGGAGAACGAGGAGAGGGUCAAUCAGAUGCCCUUCCAACCAGGGACGAACUUUGGGCUGGUCUUCAUUGUCACCAAACAAGGCUACAAGGUGCUCAUAAAUGGCGAACAAUUCUACGUGUUCAAGCAUCGCAUGCCGGUUCAGCAAGUCAGUGCCCUAAAGAUCACUGGUACCAUCUUAAUUAUGGCCGCCCGCAUGAUUGAGGUAGAAGAUGUAGACGAAGAAGAAGAACCCGAGGGCGAAGAAGAGGAACCAGAAAAAGAAAAGGAAGAAAAGAUUGUUCCUAGCAUCCCACACGUGGGGCCCAUCUCCGGUGGUUUGAGGCCAGGGAUGUCUUUGUGCUUCUCUGGAACCAUUCCCAAGGAGGCCAAUAGGUUCAGCAUCAAUCUGCAUUGUGGGGACGAAGAAGGCUGUGACAAUGCCUUCCACUUCAACCCCCGAUUUGAGCCUUCAGGCGUGGUGGUGUUCAACACCUUCCGGAACGGCAGCUGGGAAAAUGAGGAGCGGGUCGAGGACAUGCCCUUCCAGCCCGGGGAUAACUUUGAGCUGGUCUUCAUUGUCACGUCAGAGGGCUACAAGGUGAAAGUAAACGAUCGGAAGUUCUACUUGUUCAAGCACCGCAUGCCAAUGGAAAAUGUGACCACCAUCAGGAUCUUUGCGGAUGUCUCCAUUCAAACCAUCAACAUCACAGAGGGAGGAACAGGAGCCAUGCAGGGACGUCUUACUCAAGGAAAGAUAGUGGUGGAUAAAAUGCCAUUUGUGGAGCACCUGCACCACAGCUUGAAGACGGGGAUGUACAUGUACUUCCGAGGAAAGGUUGAUGAUGACAUCAAAAGGUUCCACAUCAACUUGCAAAAUGGAGACGUGAAAGGUUGUGCAACGGCUCUACACUUCAACCCCAGAUUCAAGCCCAAUGAGGUGGUGGUGUUUAACACCUUCCAGAACGGCAAAUGGGGAAAAGAGGAGAGGGUCAAUGAGAUGCCCUUCCGUAAGGGAGAGGAGUUUGAGCUGGUCAUCAUUGUCACCGCAAAGGGCUACCAGGUGAUCGUAAACGGUCGUCAGUUCUACAUGUUUAAGCACCGCUUGCCAGUGAACCAAGUGAGUGCCCUAAAGAUCGCUGGGGAUGUCUCCAUGGAAACCAUUGACAUGACCGAGAUAUGCCUUCAGGGAUAUCAAGGUCGAUACAAGAUGGCGGUGACUGAAAUCCCACACGUGAGCCCCGUCUUGGGUGGUUUGAGGCCAGGGAUGUAUCUGUACUUCCGGGGAACAGUUCCUGAAGAGAUCAACAGGUUCCACAUCAACCUGCAGUAUGGGCAGGGCAAAGGCUGUGACAAGGCCUUACACUUCAACCCCCGGUUCACGCCCGAAGAGGUGGUGGUGUUCAACUCCUUCCAGAACGGUGAAUGGCAACAGGAGGAGAGGCCCUCUGAGAUGCCCUUCCGUAAGGGAGAGGAGUUUGAGCUGCUCUUCAUCAUCACUUCAGAGGGCUACCAGGUGAUCGUAAAUGGUCGUCCAUUCUACUUGUUCAAGCACCGCAUGCUGGUGGAGAAUGUGGCUGCCAUAAAGAUCGUUGGAGACAUCUCCAUAAAAACCGCUAACAUGAUCGGGGGGGGAGAAGGAGGCGUGCAUCCAAGUCUAGGAAAGAUGGUUGUUGAAAGCAUCCCUCAUGUUGGGCCCGUCUAUGGCGGUUUGUGGCCGGGGAUGUUCGUGGUCUUCCGUGGAACAGUUCCUCAGGAGAUCAAAAGCUUUUCCAUCAACCUGCAGUAUGGACAGAUUGAAGGAUGUGACACAGCCUUACACUUCAAUCCCCGGUUCGAGCCAGAAGAGGUGGUGGUGCUCAACUCCUUCCGGAACGGCAGCUGGGAAAAUGAGGAGAGGCCCACUGAGAUGCCCUUCCGUAAGGGAGAGGACUUUGAGAUCGUUUUCGUGAUCACCUCAGAGGGUUACCAGGUGUACGUAAACGGUCGUUACUUCUGCCUGUUCAAGCACCGCAUGCCAGUGGAGCAUGUGAGUGCCAUUAAGAUAGUUGGGGAAGUCACCAUGAAAACCGUCGACAUGACUGAGCAAGGAAAAGGAGCACCUGAACUGCCACCUCCAGUGCCAGUGGUCGUUAGUACCACCCCACAGUUGGAGCCCAUCACUGGCGGACUGAAGCCUGGGAUGUAUCUGUACUUCAAGGGAACCGUUCCUCAAGAGAUCAAACGUUUUUCCAUCAACCUGCAGAAUGGGCAGAUUAAAGGAUGUGACAAGGCCCUACACUUCAACCCCCGGUUUGACACUGAAGAGGUGGUGGUGUUCAACAGCUUCAAGAAUGGCAGCUGGGAAAAUGAGGAGAGGCCCUCUGAGAUGCCCUUCUGUAAGGGAGAGGACUUUGAGAUAGUCAUAAUUGUCACCACCGAGGGAUACCAGGUGAACGUAAACGGUCGUCAGUUCCACUUCUUCAAGCAUCGCAUACCGCUGGAGCAAGUGAGCGCCAUUAAGAUCGCUGGAGAUGUUGCCAUACAGAGCAUCAACACGAUUCAGGGAGGACCGAAACAACCAGGUCUGGGAAAGAUUGUGAUUAGUAAAAUCCCACAUUUGGCACCAGUCUACGGCGGUUUGAGACCAGGAAUGUAUCUGUACUUCAAGGGAACCAUUCCCCAAGAUAUCAAGAGGUUUGCCAUCAACCUGCAGUAUGGACAGAUUAAAGGAUGUGACAAAGCCUUACACUUCAAUCCCCGGUUCGAACCCGAAGAGGUGGUGGUGUUCAACAGCUUCAAGAACGGCAGCUGGGAAAAUGAGGAGAGGCCCUCUGAGAUGCCCUUCCGUAAGGGAGAGGACUUUGAGCUGAUCUUCUUCAUCACCAGAAAGGGAUACCAGGUGAACGUAAACGGCCGUCAGUUCCACUUCUUCGAGCACCGCAUGCCGGUGGACCAAGUGAGCGCCAUUAAGAUUGUUGGGGAAGUCACCAUGCAAACCCUCAAUAUGAUCGAGGGAGGACAACCUGUGGAUGCAACUCCAGGCCAAGGGACGAUUGCAAUUACUAAAAUCCCACAUGAGGGGCCUGUAUAUGGCGGUUUGAGGCCAGGGAUGUCUCUGUUCUUCCUGGGAACAGUUCCUGAAGACAUCAAGAGUUUUGCCAUCAACCUGCAGUAUGGAAUGAUGACAGACUCUGAC